CUGGGAUAUAGGCACGAUAGAGCGGCGCAGGAUUCUGGAUUUCACGGGAAAAGGAGCACCAAGAAAACGCAAGGCCUGGAGUAAGGCUUCCAUUCCGGGGUUGGGAAUCCCUAAGGUUUAGAGAAGAUGGCAGCAGGAGAGGACGAGCGUGGGGGCGGCGGAGAAUCUAGUACCUGCGGCGAUGCGACGACUGGCGACAGCGUUGGCAGUCAGACGAGAGCCGCUCAACUGUCGCUUGCUCACCACGCGGCGUUUGCAGGGCCAGCCACGACAGCAGCUCCAGCAGCCGUCUCAGCAGCAGCAGCAGCAGCACUAUCAGCGCCGGCAGCAUCUAGACCAGCAGCAGGAGCAGCAGGAGCGGCAGGAGCGGCAGCCGCGACGGCUCCAUCAGCGGCAGCUGCAGCGCCUGAGCCGCGUUUGUCGUCGUCACCAUCGCUAGCGUUAGAGGGCAACGAGAUGAGCCUCUCGUUUGAGUCGCGCGUGCUAGACGCCACUGGGGUGUCUGGGCGGCAUCAGGUGUCGUGUACCCUCGUCACCGGCUUCCUGGGAUGCGGCAAAACCACUCUCUUGCAGCACGUGUUGAAGGAGAAGGGCGACCUGCGGGUGGCAGUGCUGGUCAACGAGUUCAGCCCUGUCGACGUGGACUCCCUGCUGCUCCAAUCACAGCGUGCCAACGUGGCAGUUGGGGCUCCUCCUGGACAUGGGGAUCUGGCAGGGGGCUGUGCAUGUUGCCACGUCAGCAAUGGACUCAAGAAGGCUGUUCGAGCAGCGGUUGGCGGCGCCAUGUCAGCAUGCGACUACCUCAUUCUCGAGACUUCAGGCCUGGCUGACCCACAGCCAAUAGCCGCUCAACUGAUGGAAGCGGGGGUGAGGCUGGAUCGAGUGGUGGCAGUGGUGGAGGCUGAAACGCUGCCGACCAUCCUCGAGCAGCAGCCAAUAGUCCGGCGACAGCUCGCAGCAGCUGACCUGGUGCUGCUGAAUAAGUGUGACCUGGUGUCUCUGGGUGCUCUCUCAGACGCAGAGGACAUGCUCCUGAGAUUCCUCACCACUGGCAGCACUGAUGGGCAUAGAGAUACAAAAGCAGCGCAUGGCAGCACUCACACUUGCACCUCCUCCUCUCACUCCCACUCCCAUCCUCCCUCCUCCUCCCUACAAUUGCCCGACCUGCCUCCUCCCCCAUUAGUGCGCACCCGUUACUGCCACGUCCCUUUAGAUCUCAUCCUAGAUACUCUGCCUGUAUCACAGCCUGCCCCCCCUCUCACCUCAGCAUCGGCUCACCUCUCCUCCGGAUUCCUCUCCCACGAAGCCACGGCUGCCCCCUCCUUUCGCACUCUCGUCCCUCACACUCCCUCCUCCCUCACUCCCUCCCUCACUGCCUCCUUGCACGAGGUAGGGAAAGAGUCGAGUGCAAGGCAGGGAGCAAGGAGGUUUCAGCAGGUUGCACCUGCACCAGGUCAUGCCUCCACCCCGUUUACAUCACUCCUCUUUGAGUCACAGCAUCCGCUUCCUCUAGCUGCAUUCCAGCACCUUGUGGCAACCAGACUGCAAGGCAAAUCAACUAGCAGCAGCAAGGGCAGCAGCAGCAGCAGCAGCAGCAACAGCAGCAGCAGCAGCAGCAGCAGCAGCAGCAGCAGCAGCAGCAGCAGCAGUGGGUGUGCUCCCGUGCAGGGUCUUCUUCGAGCCAAGGGCUUCCUUUUCUUCAGAGAGAUGCGCCAUCUGCGGUUUGUGUUCCAGCAGAGUGGCCACAGCCGCUGCGCCUGCACUGCCAUAGACACCUGGGACUGCCCGCCCUCCUGUCGCCUCGUGCUCAUUGGCCAGGACGCUGCUGAGCUGGCAGGUCUGGUGUCCGAGCUGGAGUCUUUGGCACAGCAGGAGCAGCAGAAAGAGGGGAAACAGGUGUCAAGGAAUGGGGUUGCGGAGGUGGCAUGUGGGGAAGGCUCGGCUGCUGCAGAGGCGGCAAGGCUUGUGGAGAUGCUGACAGCAGAUGAGAGGUUUGAGGUCUGUGCGUCUGACGCAGCAUUGGACAGUAGAGGGGGGGAGUAUGCUGCUGAGAGACGAGGAAGAAGCGAUGGAGCUUCAGUGCUGGAGUUUGGAAUGAGAGGGAUUCCACUCAAAGGCAUCCAUCAGAACACGCUCAAUGCCUCCUUGCUGGCGUACAUAAACAACCAAGCCACACAACCCAUGUUCCUCUGCUCCACUCUCGCAACUCUCAACGCUGGGCCCUUGAUUCUGGGAAUGCGAGCGCCGUCCAACGCGGACGAGCUCUUCGACCUGCUCUCGUUUGCAGCCAGGCGAGCCUUGUCUCGGGCACUCAAGGACAUUCCCUCGUGCAGGUGCGAUGUGGUGCAUGAUAUGGUGAACACAAAAUGACCACGCGAACACGCGGACACAUAGUGAGCACGACAUGUCUUGCUAAGUCGACCUCGUAAAACGGAGUCGCCACUUUCUUGAGUGACAUCUUGCCUACGG